CAUUGAUCAUAGAUAAGCUUCGGAUAGAGCCACUAUUUCAUUAUUUCAAGUCAUUUCAGUAUCAGGUCAGCUCUCAGACAAAAUGAUUGUUUUUCGGAAUCUAGCAAUUGUGUUGAUGUUCAUCAUAGGAAACCAACGAUUACUGGCAAAUGCUGCAGAUCCUGAGGAACAUGCUGAAACACAGACAAUCGAGGAAACUGGCGGCGGUAAAAGUGCUACGACAAAAGUGGCCAAGAUGUGGAUCUGCCAGCCCGGGUCGGAGUACUUGCAGAAACAAGUGGCGCUGACCACAAGCCUGAUGAAGGGCGGCGAAAAAGUGCUGCAACAGCACCUGCUGACAACCGCAGCUGUUCCCGAUGAAACGGUUCUGCUGCUGGGCAAGGCUGGUAGUGGCAAAACCAGUUUGGUCCAGUUUCUGACGCGCAACCCCAGCCUGCAGUCGAUCAAAGUGAGGUCAGACACCGGCGAAUACAUCCUGGAAGACGGUGAGAGGAUUGGCACGUCGGCAACUGAGUCAUUCACUCUCUACCCCGAGAUUGUCAGCUACAAUCAUCAACUCAAUCAAAUCACUCUCUGUGAUUCACCAGGCUUCCACGACUCCAGAACAUCUGCUCAUGAGAUUGUCUCAAUGGACGUCAUGAAGUCCAUUGUAGGCCGAUUCAAGAAGGUCAAGAUCCUGCUUCUUGAACAUUAUGGAUCGCUACAGUACGGUGGACUGAAAGAUACUUUCAUGAACACCCUUCACCAUUUGACUGAUUUCCUGACUGAUAUUGACAGAUAUAAAGAUCACAUAGCACUCAUUGCAACCAAGAUACCUUUCACCUACAAGAUGGCUGAUGAGGGUGACAGUGUACUAGGCACACCUGAGUUGAUAACAGAAGAAAUGCAUAUUGAGAGUGUCAUGGAGUACUUAAACCACACGGAAGCAUCCAUUGCUGAGAAGCUAUUCACUGAGAAUAUUGGAGAAAACGAGAAAAACUUCUAUCAGAAGGUGAUUAAACUUCUGCGGAGUCUUCAAACAAGAGACGAAAAUGGUAAAGCAAGAAGAAUCAAUGUCUUCAGACGUCCCCACAAGUCAGGGCCCCUUGUGAACAUGGCAUUGCUUGACAAGAACAGGGAAUCACUCACGAAAACUAUCAUGCACUUGAAGGCUGUCGAUGUGCAACCGAAUGACUUUGAUUUCGCACUGUCAAGUGAAGCCAAAAUGUACCUGGAGUGUCUGCAAAAACUAACAACUGACAAUUUCAAGAGUCUGAUUAAUGAAUUGUCUUACAAGCUGAAUGAAUUUCUUGAGGUAAAGGUGCAAAACCGCACCAGCUUUCAUCAACUGGUGGCUGAUUUGCAAUCGUUGUAUGAUGCCCUGGUCGACCUCAAUCUGAAUCUCCAUGGAAUAAUUAAUCACAAUGAAUUCUUUGAGAAGAUCAAAGAUUUUAUUACUAGUCAGAAAAUUCCACUGGGAAGCUUCAAUGAGGGGAUGAAUGCUAUGAAGAAAUUUGAAGGAGUAUUAUCGAAAUUUUCCAAUACACAUGGAGCUCCAAUCUCAUCUUCUUGGCUGCCCACGAUGAGGAAAGUUAUUAGAGUUGUCCAAGAUGAACUAAAAUGGUACAGCAGUCUCAACAAAUUCAUUGAUGGACUCUCAAGCUACAACAUACAAAAAAACAAAAGUGAGAUCUACUCAGCACUCUUCCAUGAGGGUAUGGCAUCACCAGAUGGACUGAUGACACUUUUCAGGGAGACUACUGGGAGCACAGAUACGAAAUUCAACACCAGGAAGCGAUUGGAAAUUGAAACAAUACUGGAAACUCUAGUGCGCCCGAAUAAUAUUACUUGUGAAAAUGAAGGCGCAUUAGUUGUCCAUGGUUUCCAUAUAGUACUUUCAGAGAUCGACUUGGAUGGUUUGGUGCGUUCCUAUUGCAGAAAAAUUAAAUUGAAAAGGGUUGUUCUGUUUGCGGUCGAUACAGUCUUCUUAGAUGAGAACACCAGUGAUGGUUGGCGGGGAGUGAACCUGAUAUUAGCAGCACCAAGAUGGCAGGUGAUUGGACAGAGGAGAAUUGAUCUGAGUGGUCGGCCAGGUGCUGAACCUGGAACAGGAUUUCCUGGGAAACCCGGAGGUAAUGGAGGAAGCUUUCUAGGAAUAGGAAUGCAUUUCCUAAAUGGUGGCAACCUAAGAGUGCAUCUGGAUGGUGGGCAUGGAGGAUCGGGGGCCACUGGAGUAAACGGGCCUCCAGGUGCAGCUGGAAGAAAUGCGGAGGAUAUCUUGAGAUCGGGGGGAUAUAAGGUUGCAGAUUCAAUAUACAGAUUCGAUCAGGGGGUGUCAACAGCCGAUUUGACAUACAGUUUGCGCAAUUCUGGAAUUGACAGGGUGUUUAUUCUGUUAAACACUAAAAGUAAAUACUUCACAUGGAACGUCAGCACAGAAAUAGAGGUGGUCAUCAAGGAUGGUGAAUGUGGUGGGGCGGGGGAUGCAGGGAGUCCAGGAGGGGCGGGAGGUUUUGGAGGGUUUGCAGGUGAUUACCAGCUGACCGAGGUGAGGGGCCCCUCUCACAUUAUACUGCAGAAUAAUACAGGAGCCAGAGGGGAGCCCCGGCCCUGAAGGAGACACAGGACCUAGAGGUCAGGAUGGAAUUGGCAUGAUAUGUGUCAAAGUUGAGGGAUUCGAUUACGGUGAUAAAGUCACAAAGCUGAGCAGACAAUAUUGGAAAUGCAAACCAACAAAAGCACCAGUGUGCCACUCGUCCUGUUCAGAACGGAAAGGUACCAUCAAAAACAAGGACUACAUAGAAGAUGGCAUCGAACAUCCCCCACCCAAAAAGUCAGGUGAUUUCAGAGAUCUCCUAAUAAAAAACUAUGUCACAUUCCUGAAUGAACACGCCAACAACCCCAUAUUCGAAAAAACAAUAAGUGAUUUCAAGGAGUCCCUCUACAAGAAAUUCUCUUACAAUCUGUGAAUACAUUAGUACAGGGCUCUCCAACCUAUGUCCCACGGGCUACAUCCAGCCCGCGGAUAGAUUUUGUCCGGCCCGCCGAGAGUUAUUGCUACAGAUUUAAAAAAAAUAUAUAUUUAUACUCAUUUUUGACAAAAACUGAGAGUUCAGUACUCUUCUCUUACUAGCCACUCCAUUUCUUAAUAAGUGUAAAAUUAGCUGUAAACAAGCAGCGAUCAACCAUUGCGAGAAAUUAGCAAAUGGUCUGCACGGACUGUACAUGUCUCUCCCAGAAAAAGACUCUAAAACAUAAAAAACCAUGCUCAAGCUAUGUUCUCUCUUUUUGGAUCUACCUACAAGUGUGAGCAGACAUUUCCAAAAAUGGAGUUUGUUAAAUCCAGAUACAGAUCUUCCUUGUCAGAUGAACAUUUGAAAACAAUUUUAAUGAUCGGAACCACAAAGUUUGAUCCUAAAUGGGCGGACAUUCCAAGUGGAAAAGAAAUGCAAUCUUCUCAAUAAAAAAAAGUAUUCUCUCUUAGCUUGGUAACUUUCUGUAAAUUCGUGUAUUGUCAAGUCGUCUUAUUAAUAUUAAAAAGGUUAUUAUCAUUUUGUUUAACUUGCUAAAUUCAGGCAUUGUCAAGUUUUCUUAUGACCUUUUAACACUCAAUAAAUUAGACUUUGUAUUGAAA